UCAGUAUGGGCCGAUGCAACCAAGCAACCAAGCAAGCACUGAGUACAAGUGGCUCGUGCCCUCUCUUUGUAUUACCUAUUACCCAUCUCUGUGGCCCGUCCUACCUCUCUCCCUUGUUAUCUCGUCGGCUAUACGCCGCAAAAUAGGUAAGCAUGGUCCUCGCUGACAGUGGUUCAUGUGCCGCCAAUCGCCGGUCUUAAAUCACACGGCUGGACCUGUUUAUGUUAUCAAGCGAGGUCUCUCCACGGCCUCACUUCUCGUAAAUCUGCACUGAUCUUGGAAGAGGUAUACUCCAUGUCUUAUCAUGACUUGUGCAGUCCAGGGUUGGGGGAUGAGGGAGAAACAGCGUGCCAAGUGGCCUGGGCGCUCCGACACUCCGACCGAGCUCUCAUCAUACGUGGAAGCGAAAGUACCUGUCUCGAGCCAAGGCAGAGACAGACAGACAGACUCAGGGACAGGCACACCCCAGAACAGAACACCCCAAGCAAGUCCCCGUCUCCUCUUGAUACCAAGUUGCCGCACCAAUACACGCUAGGUGAGGAAAGUAUCUGGCCGCCCAGCAAAGCCGCUCCUAUCUCUGUCCUUGCUUUACUUAGGCUCCCCCUACUGAGUCAGGCAGGCAGGCAAGGAAGCAAUUUGCCCACACCCCAAACCCAAACCAGUCCGCCCCCCUGGCUCGCGUUUUCGCAAUCAGCCAACCCGUCCAACCCAACAGCCAGUAAGCCGCUCGAAAUAGCGCGAGACGUAUACUACCUACGUACGUGGGAGAUUCGAGCGACAGAGAGAGAGAAGAGAGGGAUCAAUUUCCGUUCACUUGCUUGCUUGCUCGCCCACCCGCGCCCGCUCGCUCGCUCUCCUCUCAGACCACCUGCUAAGCUCUCAUUGCCUUGCCCACGACCUACCACCACCAUUCCCACCUGUAACCCGACGGCAAACAACUCGAACGCGCAGGUUAGGUAAGACUUUUUUUUUUAUUACUUUACUUUGACAUUCAUGUCCUGUCCAACCUAAUUCGGUUCGUUUCCUUGUUGCCCCGUCUAGUCAGUCCAUCUAGACAGUUCGUCCCGUCCACAAGUGUGGUGCCAUAAGCGCCUGCUUGUGACACUAUUGUCGUGGGAAGCAUACUUCCCUCCACAAUAUGCGAAAUGCCGAUAUGCUGGCUCCAGUUCGGCGAAACCACGCCGGUCGCAUUCUUUCAUCCUUCCUGAACAAUGCUCUCCUAUUCCUG